GCGGAAGCUGUGAGGCCAAUCCUGCCGGUGAACAUUGACAAGGAAUUUUGCAUUGGAUCUAUUUCAUGUGCUACUGAAAAGUGAGUCAAAGACAGCACAGUUUUUCUGUUAAAUUUUAGCUUAGAGAUAUGUAAGGAGUUAAUUCUAAGUUGUUGUUACUUCAGUCGGUUCUUCGAUGGAGUUUUACCUCCCUCCCAACGUGUAUAUAGUAUUAUAUAGCUCAGUUCUGGGAGGCCUGGGUUCGGAUCCCGUCGAAGCCUAAAUUUUUCAGGCUUCUUCGUUUCUGCCAUUGCUAAAUAACUCACUUGGUCACCUGCAAGGAUCAUUGCUUCACUUGAUUCAUUCUCUCUAUUAUCAAAUCAUUCGUUGAAAGUCAAUAAAAAGAUUUAGUGAGAUAUAAAUUAUCAACACUAAGUUCCCUAGACAUCCAGUAGAUCAAAUAUUGCACACAUUUGAAUUUAUUCAACCUCAUUUCAUCAGCAAGCAAGGACAGCUAACUCGGUGAAACGGGCUGAGAUCAUGAACGCUUUAGGAAUUCAAUUUCAGUUUUCCAAGCUUCUUCUCUUUCGUUCGCUUUAAUAAGUACAACGGCACUGAUUCCUCAUUUCUUUACUUUUCAUAUUUCCCGAUAUUUAGAUUUAUCUCUGUGAUGUAUUUAAUGUCACAAACUGGAUUAAUCAAGAUUUAAAGUCGUGUAAAUGGUGAGCCUUUUGACGCUUCACGAAAAAUACCUAAUUAAAACUAUUUUCACCUUCACGCCAAAAAAAUUCCAGGUGGGACGUAACAUUUGCAAGUCAGGAACAUAGAGCUUCAACAAUGUUUUAGGGUAAUUUGUCGUCAGUGAGAAAUCACGUGAAAUUAUUUGAGACACUCCUUCAUCGGUACGUCCAGUGUUGAAUCGUUUUUGGUCUCUUUUUACGUUUAAGUUUAACCCUUAGGAAAAACUUUUGUUUGUCUCUUUGGAGGAAGGCUCAAAAAGAGUAUAUAAACUGAUGUAAACUGUAUUAUGUGUUAUGGGCUUAUCAUUCUGAUGUGUAGAUAAUUCAGUGGUAUUUACAUCGUAUAUUGUUUCAACUAGAGGGGAUCAAAGAUCAUCGUCUCUCGUGGCCAAUCAAUGUGAAGUAAACACAAGUUACUACGUUGGACGAGAAUGUCGGUUUGAGUUCGACCGGACGUAAAAAAAAUUAUUUUGCCUCACUUUAGCCAAUAAAAGCCAAGUAAAUGCUGUUUCAUACUUUGUACUAUAUUGGUGUCGGUUCAAGUUCCAACAUAGCUAAAUAAAUUCAUAGCCUAUGCACUCAAAUCUGUCUGUUUUUACCGCAUGAAAUGCAAAUUCCCAAGGUGUGCUUUGUUCGACUCCAUAUUCAAGUUGUCUGUUUUGCAAUUGGAAAAAUAGUGUCCUGCCUACCAUACAUGAUACUUCUAACGCGAACUCAUGAUUACAUGUUAGCUCUGAACAAAAAAACUUGAAACGGAAGAGCAUCAUGAUAUUUCUCUUUUGUGGUUGGCGUUCUUUAAAUUACAAACAAAUUUUCUAUUGAAUUUUAAUUAACGUUACAAGUUACCGUGAACGAUAUUGAUGAAGGGUUCUGAAUUAAAUAAAUCAUGUGAAACUGCACUAUGCGAAAAUGAAACUUGUGGCCGGGGAAUGAACAACUCCACGUCGUGUAGAAACAAAACAAUUUACUUUAACUUCUCAACGGUGAAAUGACGUAGGUUUAAACUAAUAUAACAAACAAUUAUAAAAGUUACACAAUAUAUGAUAUAAAGAAAUAACAAACAACACGACGGAAGAGGACUAUCUGACACUUUGAAACACUUACAUUGUUACGGCCACAGAAAGACCAAUAUUGUUACUGCGAAAUGCUGAGGCCAAAAAGGAAAAGGGAAAAAGAUAAGCGGUGCGUUAUUGAACUGCGCUUAACGCGAGAAACGAGAAGACAGACAUAAAGAUAAAUUAUGCGAGGUAGUACUAGGGCAGCAAUAAAAAUGACGAAAAGAAAAGUGUGCUGAUGAAACAGUAAGUUAGUAUGAACGUUGGCUAAUUACCGGCUGAACAGACUUAAGUAAUAAACUUGAACUCGUGAAAAUCCAACAUGAAAAAAUGUCGCACUUAGAACUUACAUCGUGUGUUCUCGCUUCUAGAGGAAAAAACUGUCCUCAAUCCCUCGAAAUUAGACAAAAGUUUCGUUCCCAGGUUAGCUAUUCAUCAGUUUUCCCGUCUCGGGCAUAACCUUCCAGCAUACCAAAAAAAAUGUCGCCUUAUUUCAACCAAUCAAAACAAAGAAAAUGGCCCAAUUUACUAGGUACAUAAAGAAAUAGACCAUGGUUGUCGUAAUAGAUACUGUUGUCAGUUGUCGGUUUUCCCUACUUCAGCUGGUCCUAAUAAUGAGUGAAGGAGCGGUACAAUUGAUCAAAGCCGGUAAUACUAAAUGAGGAGAUAUUGAAACAUUGUCACUGCAAAUGAUCGAAAAACAAAACUUCGAAAGACUUCCUGAGCGACUGAAUUUUAGCGACUGGUCCCUUUGUCACCAAUCUGCAGGUACCUGCUAUAGAUUUAACACUGAAACGCACCAUCAAUCAAACCAUCCGUGGCUACUAAUCUUACUUGGUUACGGCAAUUCAACAUUUUAUAGCUUGCCUAAGGAUUAUUUCAAGAUGGUUCUGCCUGAAAGAUUUAGUUAGUGUUGGCGUGUAGUUUGUGGGAAAAAAUCUGUGUUGAUCUUUAUGGAACGUAAUCGUACGGGCUGUCGUUUCGUAAUUUCAGCGAGAGCAACGUUCAGAAUGACGAGGUAUUUUUCUUGCCUUUGGCUCAGUUGUAAAAAAAUUGAUGCCAAAGAAUUCUCUAAGGUUUGGUUCAUUUGAGUUAAAGUUGGGCAACGAAAAGGGUCAUUUUAAGGAAAAGGCAUCGGCUGACUGUUUUCGUGAGGUUUUAUUUGCAGAGCAGUGGAACCGUCUAAGAAAAAUAGCAACAUUCAAGUGUCCUGUUGUGAUUGAUCCGACAUCUGUGUUCCGACAAAUGCACACUAUUGUUUAUCUAGAGUUCACUUAUUGAAGCGAAAAACUUAAAAACUAAUUUGUCUGUUUUAUGCCAGGCUGGUUUGCGCGUCCACAAUUUAUUUUCUCUAGUUUAAAUCCCAUUUCAGUUUUCUAAAGACCCUUUGCCCCCUCCCCCCCGCGGGGGAAGGAGUUUCCUUUAAGGUAAACGGACAUGUAAUGAUUAAUUUCUUUAUUUCCCCUCAUCAUACAGUUCAGAGCAAAUAACAGCUUGACAGAGAAUGAUCUCACUGCUACGGAAUGCUUGUUUAUCGCUUGAUUGCGUGCCACCAGCCUCGCUUUCACAGCACAGGGAGGAACGAGUUGAAAGUCGGUGAACGCGUUUUGAAGAAAUUGAACACAGCGGCUGGGAAGAGCUAUCGGAGCGAAGAUGAUGGUGUGGUUGAGACCGACCUCGAAACGGAGAUCGCUUAUACUAGGGUGUUUUUUCUUGGUAACUUUGAGGACCAUGUUGUUUGUGAUUCAGUUUUACAAGGAAGAAACAGCAAGAACUCGAAAACCUGCCCGUGUGCAAACAGGUGGAGGUGAAACACCGGUUCUUCCGCCGGUUUGGAAUAACUUAGUCAAGUGGAAGAAAGAAGACUUUCCUAAGAGGCAGCGAAAACGAUUGAUAAUUUACUGGUCGGGAGUUAGGGGACACAAGGUGCCCGUUCAAAAGAGUGGCGUGAAUCAUACAAAUUACUGGCCGUUUUUUUACGCGGGUCAACCUGGGGAAUGCCCCGUACCGUGUGAGCUGUCCAACGACCAAUCACGCGCUGCUGAAGCUAGUGCGUUUGUUGUUCACGCUAGACCACCGGAUAUUUCGAAUCUUCCGCCGAUUGAAAAUUUAGCUCCGUGGAUUCUUCAAACUAAUGAAAAUCCUGUAUACACACCGACACUGUAUAAUGCGCGCAUUAUGUCGCAGUUCAAUCUGCUUAUAAGCUAUCGUCUGGACUCGGAUUUUCCUGCUCCGAUCUAUCCCAUGCCUGGAUUAGAUCCCCCUAUACCAUUUCAAAAGCGACAGGGAGAUAUUCUUGCCAUCUUUUCUAAGUGUGAACCCGUUCGAACAGAAUACAUGCGGCAACUCAUGAAAUAUAUCCAAGUGGACUCUUACGGCGCAUGCCUCAAGAACAAAGAGGGACUUAUAGGAUUGUACGGGAAAAUCAAUAACAAAUAUGUCUUCAAAGAUCACAAGCUUGUUCUAACGAGGCAUUACAAGUUCUCUUUGGUUUUCAUGAAUCAAGACUGUGAUUACUUUAUAGACGACAGACUUUACCAUGCUCUCACAACCGGCUCGGUACCAAUUUUCAUGGGCACUCACAAAGUGGACGAGUUUUUACCUGGAAAUCUCAAGAACUCUAUUAUCAAAGUUAGCGAUUUUAAAAGCCCUAAAGAAUUAGCAAAGUAUCUUAAAUAUCUCAGUAAUAACGAGACUGCGUAUAAUAAGUAUCUAGAAUGGAAAUGGAAGGGACUAGGAAACAUUUUAAACACAACUAUUGGUCGUUGGUGGAAACCGCGGCACCCGCUUUUUUGCCAGGUAUGCAUGGCGCUGGCCAAGGGAAAGCUGCAUCGCGGAUUAAGGCUGGACUAUUGCCAACCGCGCCGUUUCGAGGAUUGGGGACUAAAGGACCCUAACACUGACGUUCAAAAUCACUAUAGCACGUUUCUUUAUGUUGGUUUUGUGUUGUUUGUGAUUGUUAUACUAGUAUCAUGAAGUACACUUAGAAAGGCCCAAGUAAAAUUUUUUUUAAAGAUUUUCAAUUCCAGAGAAAGCGUGACAAUGAGAAACAAAGGGAAGCAUAACUUGGAGCCGGCAGGAUCGGACCCUGGUUGUUUGCCGCCUUAACAGUCAAAAGGGUUUAUGGUUAAUUUGCCCAAAGCAAGUUGCUCCCCUUAGUGUAAAACAAGUUCGCACCACCUUGAUCAGUUCGCCCCAAAACCUUUCCACUCGUGUCCCUGCCACAGAACGAAUUAAUUCCCUGCUGAAAUCAUUUUUGCGACUAACACGCAAUUUUAACAAUGAAACUAUAAGAAGGUUCGAUUAACUAGUAAGAAUGAGAAGAAUGAUGUGGGGGCGAACUGCUUGAUGGUGGGGUGAACUUGUUUAAAAUUAGGGACAAACUCUCAAGGGUGAUUGGGAGCGAGCUUGCAAUGGGGCGAAUUCACCAGGUACCAUAAUAAACCUGGUAAAGGAAAGGGGGGUGGAAUACUUUUAGACUUGCUUUUUUGAGACUCUGUUGUGAUUUUAUUUCGUAGCCCAGUUUUAGUUUUGAUAGGCUCCGACGCGAAUGAAUGAGUUUCAGAGUGUAAACAUUACCCUACAGAAAAUUCUUCGAAAUCGUAGGAUGUUCGCUAUAAAUCAUACCAUAUACGUAAUUCAGAUAGAAUUUACGAGCACCUUAAAUGUGGUGACAAACUGAAGAAAGUAAGUGAAAAAGUUUUUUCUUGUGGCUUUCCUAAUUAUUUUUUGCAAAAAAAAAAGACUCUCUCGAACGACGUUCAUACCGCCAGUAGCGAAGGAAUAAUCAUGAUUGAAGCAAAUAUAUGUAUAUAUGCUUUGCGGUGAAUUUGAAUUUCGUCCUAUCUAGGCAGGGGACUAAGCUAAAAAAUACUUUUCUGCCUUUUUUUUUCCGUUUAUUUUAAUCUGAUCACUCAGCCCGUCAAUUGGUCUUCAGUGCGUUUUGUUUUUGUAUAUUCCACCGCUCACUCCUCCCGAAGCCUGGAGAGAGUCCAGAGAGUGGUGGUAACAGUGGUAGCUAUUUUUACCUCGUCAUGACUUUCUGACUAAUAUGUGUUGGAUCAAUAGAAGAUAAAUCGAGCUUAAGCUUGUAAUUUUUAGGUGUUCGGUUACGUGCAUAUUGUUACUGCAGCUUAGCAUGCUUUUUAAAUAAAAAUCGCCAGCUUCAUAGCUUGUUUGGAGUUUAUGAGAAAGUUGGUUCAGCUUUUUAAUGAACAAGAAAAUCUAUACUGCUUUCAGUCAUAAGUAACAACCCAUUUAAUGUAUCUUUACAGAGAACGGUUAAAUGAGCAGACAGUGACCAUUGUUAUCUAUUUGUCCUGUUUUGACUGUCUAAUGAAUUUUUUUCUCCUCAAUUAUAGUCUGU